AUGACGGAGUUAAGAGUGUUAUCGGCGUUAGAUGCGACGAGGGUGCAAUUAUACCAUUUCAAGGCCAUAAUCAUCGCCGGAAUGAGUCUCUUCACCGACGCUUACGAUCUCUUCUGUAUAGCUCCGGUCUUGAAAAUGCUCGGCGAAAUCUAUUACAAGAAUGAUUCAAUCGGAACACUACUUCAAUCCAUUUUCUACGUCAUCGCUCUCCUCGGCGCCGCCUUAGGACAGCUCUUUGUCGGCUACUUAGGCGACCGUCUCGGACGCAGACGAGUCUACGGUAUUUGUCUCAUGAUCAUGGUCUUAAGUUCAUUUGGCUGUGGUUUCUCUGUCUGCACCACUCGCCGUUCUUGCGUCAUGGCGAGUCUUGGCUUCUUUAGAUUCGUCUUAGGGCUUGGGAUCGGUGGAGAUUACCCUCUCUCGGCUACGAUCAUGUCGGAGUUCGCUAAUAAAAAGACACGUGGGGGUUUUAUCUCGGCCGUGUUCUCCAUGCAGGGGCUAGGAAUCUUGAUGAGCUCUGCGGUUACAAUGGCUGUAUGUGCGGCGUUUAAGAACGCCGGAGAGGGUACUUCAGAGAAAACAAGAGCGGAGGAAUCGGAUAUUGCAUGGAGGCUGAUUCUGAUGAUGGGUGCUAUUCCCGCCGCUUUAACGUUCUACUGGCGAAUGCGCAUGCCUGAAACCGCCAGAUAUACAGCAUUAGUUGAGAACAAUGCUUUCCAAGCAGAAAAAGACAUGCAAAAAGUCAUGUCCAUAUACCAAGUAUCUCAAGUAGCUGAAGAUUCAUCAUCGGAGACACCACACCCACCACCACCACCGUCUACUUCUUCUCACUCCUCCUACAAACUGUUCUCUCGACGUUUCUUCAGCCUCCACGGCCGUGACCUAUUCGCAGCCUCAGCCAAUUGGUUCCUAGUGGACGUAGUCUUCUACACAAGCAACCUCCUCCUCACUCAAAUCGUCAACUUAUCCGACAAACCUGCCAAUAUGACAAAUGUCUACGACUCCGCCUUCGAAGCAGCUAAGGUCGCAGCCAUCGUAGCCGCGUGCUCCACCAUCCCUGGUUACUGGUUCACCGUUUAUUUCAUCGAUAGAGUCGGUCGAGUCAAGAUUCAGAUAAUGGGGUUUUUCUUUAUGGCUGCUGUCUUCUUAGCCGCUGGCAUUCCGUACAGUUGGUUUAGGUCUGAGAACAAUAAGACCAAUAAUAAAGGCUUUAUGGUUCUUUAUGGAUUCAUCUUCUUCUUUAGUAAUUUUGGGCCCAAUACGACAACGUUUAUAACCCCAGCUGAGCUUUUUCCAGCAAGGUUUAGGUCAACUUGUCAUGGUAUUUCCGGAGCUGCAGGGAAGCUUGGAGCUAUUGUUGGGACUGCUGGUUUCUUGUGGGGCACGAGACGCGAUGAAGAGCACAAAGAGGACGUUUUCCCAGAUGUGAAACGCGUUAGGAUCGCAUUUUUUAUCCUUGGCGGCGUUUGUAUAGCUGGAAUGUUUGUGACGUAUUUCUUCACACGUGAAACUAUGGGAAGAUCGUUAGAAGAGAACGAAGAGGAAGAGAUUGAUAGCAAGGAUUUUGUUUGCUAAUGAGUUAGUUACUUGCAAGACGACUAUG